AUGGGGAACAAGUGCUGCGUUUGCGACACCGGCCUAGAAAAAAGCAACGUGCCAAGGCCCAAUGCACAGCCAGUGGUAGAGGAUCUUCCAAUGGAGUUCCCUAUGUGGCUGAUGCCAGCUAGAGUUUUAAUCACGCUGAAACCACCUUUGAAACCGCACAAGGACAUGUUGGAAGCAGGACAUUUGAUCCAAUGGAGAAGUGGUCACCCCAACAAGGUGAUGUUGAUCUCACAUCAAUGGGCUGGACGGAGACAUCCAGAUCCCAAGUUCGAACAAUUUUCCGUCCUUCAAAAGGCCUUAGUAGAGAUGUCCAACGGGAACUGCUCAGUGUCCAAGGAUCCAAGCAGCGAGUUGUCUGAGUUGAACGGCGGCCCCAAACACACCUUGCCCAGCAUCGAGGAGCAGAAAAGCGUUUUGGACUGGGACGUGUGGUAUGACUAUUUCGGCUGCCCUCAGAUUGAUGACCGUGCCUAUGAUUCGGGCGCUUCCGAGUUGCAGGCGGCAGUGAAUAGCAUCCCUGCGUAUUGCAACGUUGCAGAUUUUGUCUUUGUGCUGACACCGUCCAUCACCCAUGUGGACACCGGUGCCACAAUGGGUCGCAGCACCUGGGGCAUGCGAGGUUGGUGCCGUGCCGAGCGCACCGCUGCCGUGCUCUCCCGCAAUGAGAAGCUGCUCCUGUUCAUUUGUUCUCCGACCUCAGUGCUGGUGUCCAACGGCAACGAAUGGGUUAGGGCCUGGCCAGGUGAGGGAGACUUUACCGUCGAGGCUGAUCGACCCAAAGUGAAGCAACUCACCAACGAGCUGUUGCAACUCAAGUGUCAGUCGCUCUGGACGAAGCGUGACAUGCCCAGGUGGCGUUUCUACAAGGCGCUGGGCCCACGUGGCCAGGGCCAUCCUCCAAUGGAGUCUCAGGAAGAUGUAGCCAGCUUCCUUCAGCGUUACAACAUGGAGAGCGAGCUGCAUCACUUUGAACAAGGCGGACUGAGCCCACUGAUGCUGGCCAGUAUUGAAGGGAACCUGAGGGUGAUCACCGAGCUGAUCGAAUCCCAGGCAGAUCCCAAUGAGGUCAUGCAGUCGGACAUCAAAGAUGCACAACUGGAUGGGCAUCACACCGCCCUAUCACUGGCUGCGGCCCUCUCCACGAGGCCAACAGUAAAAUUGCUUCUACAAUUGAAAGCUGAUAUGCACGUCCCGAAGGACAAGUUGGGAAGCAAUGCGAUGAUGACCGCCGCGCGCUUCGGCAACCACGAAGUGGUACCGCUGUUGUGCGCAGGUCCCUCAGAUUUGUUGAGACAAAAUUUCUUCGGUGGCCGUGCAUUGCACGUGGCCUCCAUUUCGGAGAACCCCGAGGUCACCAGGAUGUUGCUGCAGAUGCGAUCAGACCCGGAUGUUGCCACCAACAUUGGCUGUGCCGUUCUUUGCUUUAAUCCUCAAUAUGGCACCAAUCCGGCCCAUACGCAGUUCCUCCUGCAGGCACGCGCCAAUCCAAACAUCAGCUUCGAACCCAUUGGCAACAGGGCACUUUCGCUCUGUGACCACUGGAUGGGCAAAGUACGGAACGGCACGGCCUCACUGGCCGAGAUGAACCUGGCACUGGGCAACCGCGGCACCGCGCUGCAUUUUGCAGCACUAAAUGGAUCUUUGGAGAUUGCCAAGCUCCUUUUGGAGCACGAGGCCGAUCCGAGCGCCACUUGGAGCGAACGUCGAUACACGCCGCUUCAACUGGCUCAGCAGCAAGGUCAAGAGGCCUUAGUCGAGUUGCUGAAGUCCGCCAAGCCGAAGGUCCAUCAAGUCAUUCCCCCCCCAGAGGACACACCCACUACGGAUGCGCCAGCCUGA